UUCAGGAUCUUGUGCUAGACUUUUCUGCACAAUCACACAAAUUGUUACAUUUGGGAAAUGGGUUUUCUAAAGCUUCUGGUUUCAGUAAAUUUCGGGCUCUCAAAAAUCUUUCUUUGAAUAGCAUUGGGGUGACCAGGGGAGAUAUUGGGUUUGUGUUGUCAACCUGCCCUUGUCUUGAGAAAUUGAAAGUUUCUAACUGCCGAAAUCUGACAAGUGUCACUAUUGUGGGCUCACAUUUUGCUUUGAAAUUGAAGUCUUUAGCUAUAGAAUGUUGGCAUAGUAUGGACAGCAUCGAGAUUUUGGACGCAAAUAUUGUAUCAUUUUCCUAUUCUGGGAAUCCUUUGAAAUUGGUGCUGAGCAAUGUCCCUUUGCUCGUUGUAGUGUCGAUAUCAGAGCGUGACAACAUCCUUACUGAUGAUUACAGGGGUCUGAUAUUCAAUCAACUUUCAGGCUGUCUUUCUCAGCUCCAUACUCUUGGAUUAGAUUUGAAUGGAAUGGUUGAUAUGGAAGUAUUUUCUGUUCAAACAUUACCAAAUAUCAAGCAUCUGGAAUUGGAAGUGUUGGGAGAGGAUAUUCUGAUUCUUGAACAAAUAAAUUGUUUCAUGAAAGCAUGUUCUUACCUGGAGAAGCUUGUGCUAAAGAUGCAAUUCAUAUUUCCAGAAGUAAAUCUUAAGGAGGCUUCUAACACUUGCUCCCAUCAUCACCUGGAGGUUGUGGAAAUUGUUGGGUAUCGUGGUCGUCAAAGUGCUGUCAAAAUUCUCAUGCUCUUGAUGGAGACUGCUGUUUCUCUUAAAAAGGUUGUGAUAAAUCCUGUCCGACAAUUAAUUCGUGGUGAAUCAGUGGAUGAGAGUGAUGAAGUGGUGGAGGAAGAAGAGGCAAGACGACAUGCUUUACACGAGCUUAGAAGGGAAGUGCCUGCUGCUAUAAUUUUCGGAUGCCUCUAGCUCUAGUUAGUAAUACUACUUUACUUUCUGUUUGGCAAAUAUAUUGUAUGCAAUGUACAUGUCAUUGGUUUUAGAUAUACCAAGCAUCCUUUGUAGUAUCUUACUGUACAACUAAGAGGUGUUAAGGGUUUUUGGACCUGUAUAUGUACCCUUCAGAAUUUAGAUGUGUACCUGAUAUAAGAGAGAUGGAAUUUUCUGUUCUUUUUGUUGGAA